AUGGUCUCCUUCUCCGCCUUGUUUUUGGCGCUCUCUGCUGCCGUCGGAGUUCUCUCCGCACCUGUUGAGCAAGCAGAGUACGCCAACGAUUCCUUCAACGAGACUCUGCACGAGCUCGUCGAACGCUCCACCCCCAGCAGCACCGGCUGGAGCAACGGCUACUACUACUCCUUCUGGACCGACGGCGGCGGCGACGUCACCUACACCAACGGCGCCGGAGGCUCCUACACCGUGCAAUGGUCCAACGUCGGCAACUUUGUCGGCGGAAAGGGUUGGAAUCCAGGAAGUACCAGAACAAUCAACUACGGCGGCAGCUUCAACCCCAGCGGAAACGGCUACCUCGCCAUCUACGGCUGGACCCAGAACCCGCUCAUCGAGUACUACAUCGUCGAGUCCUACGGCAACUACAACCCCGGCAGCGGCGGCACCUACAAGGGCACGGUGACCUCUGACGGCGGCACGUAUGACAUCUACACGUCGGUGCGGUACAACGCGCCAUCGAUCGAGGGCACCAAGACCUUUACGCAGUUUUGGUCAGUCAGGCAGUCGAAGCGCGUCGGGGGGAGUGUGACCACCGCGAACCAUUUCGCCGCUUGGUCCCGGUUAGGCAUGAGCUUGGGGAACCAUAAUUAUCAGAUCGUCGCGACGGAGGGCUAUCAGAGUAGUGGGAGUUCGUCGAUUACUGUCUACUAAGGGAUGACGAGACGGAUGUAUGUUCUGGGGGCCUGGAAUGUGGCUGGCUGGGCUCUUGCAGGAUAUGCAGAGACGGAGGGAGUGGGUUAUGUUAGUUAGGUCAUUGUGAAGAUGAUGCUGUCUUACUAUAUGUCGUUGCUCUGAAUUCACUUUGGUUUAUCGAAUUCUGGCCCUCUUCUACGCAG